UAUAUAACAUAUUUAUGAACUGAAGCGCCGUUCCCUCAAUCCCAGGCUUUUAUUUUGAAAACCCCGCUCAGAUCUGUGCAAUCAGUUCAGUUUUUUGUGUGUGUUUUUGUUUUUUCGUCUCUGAGCUUCAUUCACGAUCCCAGCGGAGCAGAAAUGGACGAAAAGGACGAAGAUCUUGGUGUAUUUGAUCCAAACAUCCCAGAGGAGGGACCUUCAGCGCCUCCUCCUGGCUGGCUGGACGACAUCCAUGGAUACCAGGGUCACAAGGGAGGAGAGGAUGAUAACCCGCUGUAUCCUCCUCCACCUGCCUACAACCCUCAGCCUGAACUCAACAGGAACACUCUGGUUCCCAACGUCAGGGUUCCCACGGUGUCGGAGGAUGUGGCCCGAGACGCUCUGAUCAAGUUUGUGGAAUCUAAGUGGAGGUACAGCUCCAAACCAGCCAGGAACCUGACGUUCAAAGAGCUCAAAGCCAUCACUGUGUACCGGUACCGACUGGAGACCUACACCGAGACCAGAACCAGCACCUGGCAGUUUGAGCCCUACAACGGUCAGCUGGUAGACGGACCUCAGUAUGGAGUCAGUCCUCCUCCGUGGGAUGUUCAGGUGAUGUUUCCUCAGAGAUACGCCGACCAGGUGGAGAAGGUCCGAGUGCCACAUUCGUCCUUUGUCAAGUUGUGUCACAAAUGCAACGGCUGUGGAAACACUCGCUGCACUUCCUGCUUCGGUAGAGGACAGAAACGCUGCACGUUCUGUCACGGUCACGGCCGAUCCAGGAACAAACGCUGCACUUCCUGUCAUGGACGAGGACGCAAGAGGUGUUUUUCUUGUCACGGUCGCGGCUUUAAGACCUGCUCUGUUUGUCAUGGAAGUCAAAACCUGCUGCACUUCAUCCUGCUCACCGUCACCUGGAAGAACAACGUCGAAAAUUUCAUUCCGGACCGUCAGCCGGAAUUCCCAGACAAGAACUUUGGGAAGGUUUCAGGAGAUCCUUUCUUUGUUGAUGAGAACGUCCUGGUUUAUCCUAUCCAGGGUUUCCCUGAUCAGGAGAUCUGCGAUGUUUCUUCAAAGAUGAUCAACGACCACCUUGUUCGUUUCACCUCCACCAGCCGGAUCCUGCAGCAGCGUCAGACCAUCGAGCUGGUGCCGCUGACUCACGCCUACUACUCCUACAACGGCAAGGACUACAGCUUCUUCGUUUAUGGGAUCGAGAACAAAGUGUUUAUGGCCAAAUAUCCGUCCGCCUGCACCCUGCUGUGAGCUGCACAUACGGUUAGCAUGUUCCAUCCAACAUACGAACACGUGUAGAGCAGAGCCGGACUUCACCUCCAACCACACGUCAUACCUGAAGCCUCACCGACCGAGGAACCGCCAGAAUGUCUACUGUCUGGCUUCAUGUGCUUCAUUUUAGUAAGAAAUGAACUUUAUUAUGGUAGAUUUUAAGUUUAAUCUGUGAUUACAAAUUCUGCAGUUCAUCCUACAGUCUGUAUAAUCCAGUGUAAUCGGUUAAUGCUAACUUCUCCUUUGUCCUGUUGCAUCUGAUGCUGUUUUAAAUUUCUCAUUUAAUAGAACACCGGGUUAAAGCACUCCGUUUUUUUUUAAGCACACGUCUUAAAUAUUUUUCGUCAGAUGUUUGUCGUCGUUUCCAAAGUGAACGUCCAAGAAUCCGAUGGUCUGGUGCAAAUAAAAAGGAGCAUUAAAAGACCAAAGAAAGCUCUAAAGUUGUUCUUAAAAACAAUCUACCUGAUAAAAAGUAAAGUUUUAGAGUUUGUUCAGUCGUGUUUGAGGCUGAAUGUCAUUUUCUAAAGACGUUAAUAGUAAUAUUUUACCUUUAUUAGCGUUACAGCUGUCCUUUAAAUAAAGCUAAUGUUGUUGUUUCGCACACGAGGCUAACUGUUAAAGCUACAGGCCUAAAUCCUGAAAGUUUACUGUCUACUAGUUUACUGAAUGCCAUUUUCUAUAGACUGAAAUGUACCACAAAAAUGUUCUAAAUCAUCAUAAAAAGAUGUGAAAUUAUAGCAAAAGGGCACAAAACCCAUCAUAAAAAGAUGCAAAAUUACAGAAAAAAGGCACAAAAUCAUCAAAUAUUCAAAAAGACCAAAAAUGUCACCACAAAAAUGUUUUUGUUGUUAUAAAAUACAGUCUAGAUGAAUGUUCUAAAGACUUUAACAGUAAUAUUUUACUGUUAUUAGCAUUAAAGUUGUCCUUUAAAUAAAGCUAAUGUUGUUGUUUAGCCCAGGAGGCUAACUGUUAAAGCUAACAGUCGUCUCCAUGUCCAUACAGUGCAGCUGGUUCAUCUGUGGUUUUUGAAGCAUUAUAGUACUUGGAUGUUGUAAAUGUGGUAGAAAGCCCAGCUUGCAUUAAUAUUCUGACAGAUGAUCUUCAUGAACAUUUAAGUUGAAGAUGUUUUCUGGUUUUGUCCUCAGUUCCUCAGUUUAACGUGUAAAUUCUACCUUCUCAUAUGAUAAAUGUUGAUUUUCUACCACAGUAUGUGAAGAAAAACAUGUUUUAUUAGAGAAAUAAAACAAAAAAUAUACCUUAUUGUAUGUUCUCUCAUGCUUUGUGUUUCUACACCUUUAAAUAUGAAGAAGACAGGAAGAACCACUUUGUUUUGUGUUUUUAUGCCGACGACUCCGUUUUCUACCUUUUUCUACUUGCAGCCGAAGCGACAGUUUAAAUCUGUUUUUGUUUUUGUAUAAUAAAAUAAAAACCUGCCAAAUGUAGUCAGUAAAUAAACAGAUUUCUUUAUCAUC